UCAUCAAAAGCUCUUGAUAUGUAUAUUAAUCCUGAAGAAAAUGAAGAAUUUGAUAGUGAUAAGCCUGAGGAAUCUAGCAAAAUUAAACCAAGAUCUGAAGAAUAUGAAGAUCUUACUACGAAUGAAGACCUUGAUGAAACACCUAAUUCUGAUUCUUUACAAGAAAAAUUUG